CUCGGUUUAGUUUUCAACGAGUUUCUUUAUCGAUCGCUUGGUUUUGUGCGCGUGUCUUGUGUGCCUAAUUGUGCUGCCGCGUGUUGGCCGUUUGGCGCAGUUUCUUUGCUUGUUGAAGUUGAAGUUGGUGUCUUUUUUUUGGGGAGUUGCAAUUCCGGAUGCGUGUGCGUUUUCUGCGCGUUCAUUGGUUACUGCAGUGAUAUGCGUGGAUGAUUCGGUGCGUGCUUGGAAAUAUAUUGGCGGAAUUUGCGGAAAAAUAAAAUAUUUGCAGUGAUUCCGGGAGUUGGGUUGUGAAACACACCCCCAAGAGCUAAGGUCUCGAGGGUCGUUGGAAAGUGAAACCUAAGUGUUCAACCGGGUUGCAGCAUUAUUAGAUGGCGAAAGUGUUUUCGAUGACCUUUUCUCAUUCUCGGGAUAGUGUCGAAAGCUAGGUGUGCAAUAUUCUACGGAGUGUGUCCUCGUCAUCAACCGCUAAGGUUAGCUUUUAGCGAUGAUCCAUCGGAAGAAAGUGCGCCUCUGAAAUUUCACAAGCAGCAGAGAGCAGAGAUUUGUUUUGUGUACGGUUUCAGCAAGAGAAAAGUGCAAUCGAAACUAGUUUUAGUCAGGUGGAUGGCAAGUGCUUUCAAUCGUUGGACCUUUUUUGUGUUGUUGUGAUCUGCGCGCGUCUAGACGCCAUUGCUUCUAUUUGAAGCUCCUCUUAGCAAGUGCUGUGGUGUGCCAUAGAAAGAAGUAACACACAAAAAAAAUAAAACGAGUUGGAAUACAAAACCAUCGACAUACUCAGUGAACAAACGGGUUCAUCCGACUAUCCGAGCAACCGGAGAAGAAACCUCGAUAGUCUGAACAUUCUAGCGACUUGAAGAAACCCUUGGAACCAAUCAUCGAAGUCGAAGCGGGCAAGAGAUUGGCCUUUUUUCGUCCGGUGUCCCAAUCCGGGGACCUCGAAAACAUCACGAAACCACGAAUUCAACAUCACCGAAACCAUGACCAGUAUACUCUCUACACCGGGCAAGUAUCGCUCGCGUAAGGAUCUCAGCACCGGUUCGAUCCCCACAUUGGUCUCCCUGGAGGAGGAAUCUAGUCUUCACACAGUCACCGGUGCCGAAUCGGAACUUUCACACAGCUAUCACAUUCAUCCAUUGGCGUCGCCCAAUGGAGCCACCGGAAGCGGUUCGAAUGGAAGCUAUGAACCGUUCUCCAAUGCACUAAACAUCAAAAAUGGACUCAGUGCCAAAUCGCCGCGACGGAGUUCACUAGCCAUAGGCCUCCUCGGAGGUCGCAACAAUGGCAACGGCGAAAAAGGCAACAAACGACGAAGUUCCAUUGCAGUGGCCUUCCUCGGAGGUCGUCGCGAUUCCAAAUCUCACAAUCACAACUACCCGAUCGCGACGAUCCCCGAAAAGUACCACAAAACGACCGAGUCGGACAUUGAAAACGACUCACCCGAUCACUACUACACGGUCCCAGCCGGAAGUGUAGCUGCUGUCCUCGGUGGGGAUCCCAACGGUCAGUCAGAGUACGGUGGGGGCAGUAAUGGUAACCUUACGGUGAACGGAUCCGGCUAUGACAAAAAGCGGCGUCGUUCGUCCUCGUGGCAAACCAAACUGGAACGACGCCGGCGCAAGGGGAUGUCCUCGGCGCUGGACAAUGCGGAAGGCUCCGGCAAUGGUCUGGAUAGUUUCGGUUCGGCGAACGGGCUCGAUGCCUUCACCAGCAAGUACGGGCGCGAAAAGCGACACUCGUGGUGGAACAUUUUCGUUCCGGAGAACCUGAAACAGAGGACCCGCCGAGCUAGUCAAGAUGUGAUACUGUCCAAAAGUUCGGACAGCCUCAGUCCACCCUAUCGAAGGAGCAAAUCGAGGAGCGUUGAUCAUGGAUUGGCUGCACCCUUCGAUUUAGACUCUCUGCGGUCCAAAGUGGAGGGCCGCUUCGAAAGCAUCGACCGACUGACUAAAGAUGGAGAGAAGAAACGCUCGAUGCCGACAAUUCCGACCACUUCGUACACAGUCGGAGACAGGGAUACGCUGACCUCGGUGGCAGCCCGCUUCGAUACCACGCCGUCCGAGUUGACCCAGCUGAAUCGGUUGGGCAGCUCGUUCAUCUACUCCGGUCAGCAGCUGCUGGUGCCGGACAAGACGGCCAAGGCGGGAUCCGGAUCGGGUGCCGAAGGGGACUCGGAUGCCAGCACCGAACGGUCGUCACACAGUCCCACCGAGGGUCGCCGCAAGGGAUCCAACGAAGAUCUAUCGCAGGAUGAGAAAGAUCUACUGGAAGGACUUCGUCCCGGAUCACCCAAGCCGGGCCACAUUGAGCGUGUUGCGUCCCCGAACAAUCAAAGUGGUGGAGGAGGCGGAGGAGACACGGCGGCAGGUUUCAGUGAAGAUGACCCGGUUACGAUCCAACGUUUCCUCAAAAUCAAUGUGCGGCACAUCACCGAUGGGCAGGGUGUGGUCGGAGGUGUCCUGUUGGUCACCCCCAAUGCGGUCAUGUUCGAUCCGAAUGUGUCCGAUCCGCUAGUCAUCGAGCAUGGUCCCGAAAGCUACGGCGUCAUUGCACCCAUGGAAUACAUUGUAAAUGCAGCCAUAUUCAACGAUAUUGCCCACAUGCGUGUGCAGGGUGCUACCGGGGGUAACGAAACAGCCGAGAAGGCUGAAAUCUACUACCCAGUGCCGGAGAAGUCCUGUUCCCGUUGUGACACCCAUUCACCCGGCAAGGACUCACUGCUGGUGAAGGACGAAACUUUCCCGGAGCUGGGAGUUGGCUCCGUUGAAGGCUGUGACGAUCAGGAAAGUAUCUGCUCGAGCAACGAACGCGAAGGAGAUGCCUUCCCGAAGGCCUUCGAACGUGAUCUAGUCACGCCAAACAACCUGCAGCGCUUGCAUGGCGAUUCCACCGAGAGUGGUGGCAGUUCGGAGAAACCUCCGUCGGUGGAGCCACCCUAUCUGAGUUACGAUCGGGACUCACAGUCACAAACCCCGAACUCGCUGGACAACAGUAGCACCGGUGGACAGGAACCGCCAGCAAGUGGUACGGGUGCCGGCAAGGGUAGUGCCGAUAAGACUGACAGCAGCAGUAAAACCAACAGCAGUAUUCUCGAGGAUCCAACGGUGCGCACCCUGGAGGAACGGAGACGAAGCUUGCUCGACCAGCAUUGGGCCAUCCCGAGUAAGGAUAGAAUAAAAUGUAAUUGCAAUAAAACCUUAUCUCAAAGAUCGCUGGAUGACGAGGAAGCCGCCAGUACGGGAAGUGGUGCCACGGCCACCUCCAGCGGAACGGCUCCUCCUGCCAUCGGAGUUGGUGCUGGAGGCGCCGGUGUGGAUGAGGUUGUGGCCGCUGCCGGUGGACAACUGGUCAAACAAUCCUGUCACGAUUCCGGUAUCGAUAUCCGGGAUCCCAACACACUGCCAUCGGCGGCUGCCGGAGCAGGAGCUGCUGCAGCAAAUCAAGUACCCCUUCCAGUCGUGGCACCGAUUCCCACCAAGAAAGUCUACAGCGAUGCGGACAUUGUGCUCAGUGCCGAUUGGGUGCCUCCGUUGACGAUCGCCCCUUCGCACUGUAUCGACAGUUCAGCGAGAACCUCUUCAACCACAUCUUCGCAGCAUAGUUCCCUGUCCACUACGCAAGCCGAUGCCGCCAGUCGGAAGAAGGCCUCCAGCGUGAGCUUCAGCGUGGAGGAACAUGAUGGCCAAGGGGGCACCCAAGGGGACAAGGGUAGUGAAACUAAGAAGAAUAAGAUGCUAAAACGACUUUCCUACCCUCUGGCCUGGGUGGAAGGCUUGACCGGCGACGGAGGAAGUACCACCCACAAAUCGGAUUCGAUCGAGUCCGCUCCCAACACAGGAGAUUCCAAUCAAAGCGUAUUUUCCAAAGUUUUCUCGAGCUCCCCCAUCACCCUGGUCUCGGAACUGGGGGGCAAUUUGUUUUUGUCGAAGACCCCCUCGGAAGAUUCGGGUGGCUCGCCGGUGCCUCCGUUGACCCCGCAUGACGGUCAUCAGUUGCACCACCAGCAGAGUGGUGGCAGCAGCAGUGGUGUUGGUGGUGCAGGAGCCACCGCCUCGUCGAUCGGGCGCUCCUCGAUAGGCACCUUCAUCAGGCCCCAAUCGUCGGCGGAAACCGGCUCAGCCACCAAGCAGAAACAGGCACCACCAAAGCUGGACUACCGUUCGAUGGUUUCGAUUGACGACAUGCCAACGCUGUUUGUUAGCUUCGACAUGAAGGCGCCAUUGUUUCCACAACUAGAGAAACUUGAACUGAUCCCGCGUCCGGCCCGUGCUUGUCCCGAUCCGCCAAUGUACCUUCGGUUGCGCAUGGGUCGCAAAAUCGGCAAGAACACCCCACUGCCGACCACGGUCAUGUCCUACGGCAAGAACAAACUACGACCGGAGUAUUGGUUCAGCAUUCCCAAGAACAAGGUUGAUGAGCUCUAUCGAUUCUUGACUGCUUGGGUUCAGCAUCUGUACGGUGAAUUGGACGAGAAAGCCAUCAAGGAGCGUGGCUACGAGUUGAUCCAGAACGACACCGAUUGGGCAACCAAGGGCGGAAGUCCAACCAAGGAUGGACGAUCAGCCAGCGAAGGCGAAAUCACCGAGUACACUCGAGAAUCAUGGGAGAUGCUGAAGGCUCCAUUUGUCAAAACCUACAAUAUUAUCAAAAGCCAAACCGGAUCCAACGAUUUGGAUGGUUGUGAGGUUCUGUCUAUGAGCACAGAUGACUACCGGAAGGCGACGCUGUUUGCAACCAGUUCCUUCGAUCAAGACUUCCAGAUUCCGGACUUGAUCGGCCAGACAGAGAUCCUCAGCGAGGAGCAUCGGGAAAAACUCUGCGCCCACCUGCCAGCACGUGCCGAGGGCUACUCGUGGUCCCUGGUGUUCAGCACUUCGUUGCACGGUUUCUCGCUGAACUCGCUGUACCGAAAGAUGCACAAACUGGAAAGCCCAAUCCUGAUAGUCAUAGAGGAUACGGAGCACAAUGUGUUUGGUGCCCUCACAUCCUGCUCGCUGCACGUGUCGGACCACUUCUACGGUACAGGUGAAUCGCUGCUGUACAAGUUCAACCCCCACUUCAAGGUGUUCCACUGGAGCGGGGAGAACCUCUACUUCAUCAAGGGCAACCCGGAGAGCCUGGCGAUCGGUGCCGGAGACGGAAAGUUCGGCCUGUGGCUGGACGGUGACCUGAACCAGGGCCGAUCGCAAUACUGUAGCACCUACUCGAACGAACCACUGGCACCACAGGAGGACUUUGUCAUCAAAACUCUCGAAUGCUGGGCAUUUGUCUAAAUGGAAGCAAACCAAGAAAUAAAAAACGAAAAAAAUAGUGGCCACUCCCCUCCCUCACGACGACAGGGGCGCUGCGUGAACUGUGAGAAAGUCUAGUGACAUGGAAAUGCGGAAACGAUGUGAGUGUGGCUGAGUGUGAAAGCGGGAGCGUGACCUGGGAAGAACGUGUGUGCGUGUGAUCGCGGUAGAAUCGCAUUGCUACAAGGGCUGAGAUAGAAUUUAGUGCAUAAUUGAUAAGUAAUAUUAUAUAUAAAUGUAAUUGUAACUGUAAACCGAAAUUGCAGAAAUGAAGAAAGUAUAAUCAAAUUUUAGAGAGAUGCUACUUUUAAGAAGAAAACUAAUGAUGGAUUCUACAGCAAAACGGAAGAUUAUUAUGAAAUAAAGUAAAAAAGCAACAUAUAAACCAUUUACAAUGAGAAGAGAAUUUAUUAGCGUCACCGUAAUUCACGUUUUGUGGAUAGAAACGGUAAGAGUGUAGGAAGAGCGGGUUGCACCCAUAUGAAGGAGUAACAUAAAUUCUUAGCUUUAAGGAGGGAGCCUCCAAUAUAAAGUGGGGCCCGUUGUUAAGAAGAUAUAUAUUUAUAAACGAAAAGAGAGUAGCAAAAGUUAAAGAAUGCAAUCUAACUCUGACGAGGACGGUUCGUAAAUAUUUGUAAAUGGCACCGGAAGGUGCAUUUGUGCUCUGAAAGUGUUGCCAGAUUUACAGAAAAAUACCCUCAUACAAACAUUUAUACUUUUGGCGGAGUCUCUCUCAUCCUCCGUUCUUCAUCCCGAAGAAGGCCUGCGGAGCAACACGAAGGCUGUUCGAGAGAGACUCUUCACUGUCCUCAAAGCAGAAUCCAACUCUUGUACACGCAUAUGUUGAUUAACCUCUCUAUAUAUUAGUGCAAAUAACGAAUUAACAAAUGCAAAGUCACCGAAAGUAAUUACAGAAGAAUAAUAAAAGACAGCUUGCGCUGUAGCUUCGUAAUCACCCAUUAAAACAAGCAUAUAGGAAAAAAUAUAAUAAACGAAAUAAAACAAAAGUGAAAACACAUGAUGCUAAAAGAAAAAAAAAUAAAGAACACAUGGUAAGAAAGAUUGUGUUAGAAGUAAAAUGUUCAAACCUAGAGACUGCUUUUCAUUUGUUAAAAAAAAACUGUUGUGACAAAAAUAGACAAAGAGUCAACGUAAAACACUUUACCCCUCCCUUAAACAAAAACACAAACACACCUACGCAAACACGCAAAUCACAUAUUCACCGUGGAAGCUAGCAAGGCGUUUUUCAUUCGUCAAGACGGUCCUGUCCACACGAAUAUUUUGUAGUCACAUUUCUGUGCUGAUGAGAAUAGAAUAUCUGAUCGGAUCAGCACACAAUGUUAGACAAUAACCACACAAACCGUUGAACAAACAAACAAAAACACAAGAAAUCAAAAUUUCACCAAUGCAUGUCAAUUUAAAAAUCGAUUGUAGAAAAACGAAGGGCAGAGAUUGAGCCAGCGGAUCGGAGAUGUCUGCGUGGUGGUUUGUCGGUUUGGAAAGGAAAUAGAAGGGACAGCUGCAGGGUUUUGUUAUUUGCAAAAUCACAAUUUGAUAUUGAUAUUGUUUUGCUGCUAGGAUUCGUUAUUUUAUCGUAUUUUUAUUUGGUUAAGACGCGUCCUGGAAAUAUGACAGAAAUGAUAGAAGGCCCUACGGGAUGCGUGCGGCAUCUCGGGGGUCGUUCGGUCUCAGAAACCUGUUCGAUCGAACCAAACGUGCACUUUCUUCGUGCUAUAGCUGUAAGCAUUGUUUUUAAUUUAUUAUAUUUUUUAUUUUCUCUACAUCCAUAUAUACACGUCUUAUUUAUAUGUAAAAAGAAUUAUGCGAUGGAAGAAAGAAUUAAUCCUUACGAAUGUCCAGAGUGUCAACCAGUUACAAUAAAUUCAUGAAACCCAACACAUUAUGUCGGUGUACACUCCACGAAAAAAAAAACAACACAGAAUGAUUUGGACAGGCAGACAGCUAGAAAUAAAUGCAGGACCGUUCCGGUACUCUGGUCGAAACAGAAAGCAAGUAACAUUUUCUUUUGCAGAUAGACAUAUUAACACAAAAGGGAAAACAUGUUGUUGUAAUUCAUUAACACGUUUUACAUGUGAAACUAUAGUAAUAAAUGAAGCAAACAGUGAUUACAUCUAAUGCCA